CUAAACGGCAAAAGCUUCGCUAUCUAUUCCAAUAUAAGUGAAAACUUUCAAAAGGCUGUGUUCUACAAUGGGAAGAAAAAUUUGAAAUUCGCUGUGCUACAGUUUGUGAUAUGAUUUCUCAACAUUUUCUAGUGUACCUACAACUAAUUAAUAAAAUAUCUACAUUUUUAUUGCUCAUUCUACAGAACACUAAGAAUCAUUCUCCGACAAACCCUUAUAUCACAAACUAAUCAACUAAGGGUCUUGAUUUAUUAUUUUUCCAGGUUCUGUGGAGAAGAUACCAAUAAUAGAUCCAAGUCACAUCAAGGUGGAAUACAAUGAGGAUAGUGAAGACCUACUAUAUUCUCCACAAACGAUGUUCUCAACUUUCAAAGCGAUAACAUAACGGGAUUUACUUUUCCAAUCGUUGACGAAAAAACGGUGGAAAAACUGGAGGCUUCCGUCAAUUCUAAUCAACAGAUUCGCAACGAAUACAUUAAUGUUCUUCGACUGAAAAAGCCACCAGGCAUCGAUCUGUUCAGUGUAUUUCAUCGGCUGUUUGAAGACGAAGCCAUGUACGGUUACAACUUUUCCGGUAUCGCAGUCAGUCCCUACAAAAGAAAAGCAAUGAAAAAUUAUUCCAUUUUUGUCGAAUGUAUGCUGGAAGCGUGGAAGUUCGACGGAAUGAACAUUUAUCUGCUUAGGGAGUCUCUCAGUAAGAUUAUCAAAUCUAUCAACUCACGCAAACGAUCGCGUCUAUACAUUUUGAAGCACAGAAACAGGACAUGUCGGAAGAAUUUGAGGAAAUAAGCUGGAUAACCGUCUUCAAUAGACACAAAGUAUUGCUUAGUACUGGUUCUCAUUUUCUAAGAACUUUGCAAAAUAACAAUGAUUACAAUAUUCGUCCCGUUAUGCAUUUGCAAAAAAAAAAGAAACAGAUCCGCCUGAACUACUAGUUUACUGAUGAUGUGAUAUCUACCAAAAAGUUACUUUAGAAUAUACUGAGUGUACACGCAUAUGAUGUGAUGCCAAUAACGGUCUUGUCAAGUGGAACGAAUUGUUAUUUUUUGUUUAAACACUAGCUUUUUAAAUACUACUGAAUGAUUUCUGCUUCAUUCUGUUCUACCAACAUUUGUGUUCUAAAAUAUAUCAUUUUGUAUUACUUAGAUGACAACCUUCUCCAAAAGAAUCUUUCACUGAACAAUAAAAUAUAAGAGUUUUUUUUUUAACAGUAUCCCUAUCUUUCAGAUAAACCACGCUGCCAUCUGGUAAAGGCUGAGGCAGCUGAAGAAUCUUCAUUGGAAGAUGCACAUGAAGAGGAACAAAACGUGUGUAUGAACUUGUCUAACGUCCAAGAAAGGUACAAUACCGAUACGAGAUUAGACCCAGCGAAAGCAAAACAAAAACGAAACGAAAAACCAUCAUCAUCACCGCUGGUGAUACACUGUCAAGAUCCAAAUAUGGAACAGGUGGAGUACAUCGAAGACGACGAAGAGGAGGAAAAAACUGGCAGGCCGCCCAUGAUCAACCAGGUCCACCAGCGGGGUGUCGUUAGUGGGUUCAAUUUCCCCAUCUCGGACGAGGAAACGAUCGAACAUCUGGAAGCGACCGUCAACUGGAACGUCCGAAUCCGGAACGAAUAUGUUAACUUCCUGCGCUCGAAGAAACCCGUAAAUAUGGAUAUCAUUCACGUAUUCCAUAUGCUGUUCAAAGAUGAGGCCAUGUACAACUAUAAUUUUUCCGGCAUCUGCAACCGGGGCCCGAAUCGCAAGGCGAUGCAAAACUAUACCAUUUUUGUUGACUGUAUGUUGGAAGCGUGGGAAAGCGAUGGGAUCGAUCGGGAAACGCUGAAGGAUCGCCUCUGUCACGUCAUCAAGAACAUAAACGGACGCAAGCGGAAUCGGAAAUAUUUUGCCAACCGCAAGGCUAAAAUUCUCGGCAUUCAGCGCCUUUGAAUGACCUCUGAUGGUUGUUGCUAAUAAUAAAUUUUCUUUUUAGGCCUACAAAUAAAAGUUUUAAUUUUUGCUCUAUACAAAAUCCUCGUUGUUUUAUUGACUAAAAAUAAAUUUAUUUGAUUUUCAUACUAAUGAUUUGCUCCAUUCACAGAAACCAGCAAUCUAAUGGAGCCGACGAUCAAGAUCGAGGAAGAUAGCAACGAGUUCGAUGAGUAUGCUUUUUACUCGGAGCACAACGUGAAAAACGAUGACAGCAGCAGUCAGCAGGACAAGUCACCGAACGUUACAGCAGCACGAGUGCGGACCAAACUAGAACCGGCACCGAAGAUGCAGUUCAGCGAUCUCUUCCAAAUCUCCAAUGUGUGCAGUCAGAACAGGAAUCUGAUGAACAAUCCCUUUCCGGUGCACACCGUCAACGAGCUGAAUGAACUGGAUACUUUGCUGUUGGGCAAUCCUGGGUUCAUGGAAAAAUGCGCACAAAUGAUGCACAAUGCCGUGCGCAAUGAAACUCUGGAAAACGUGACCGGUCACAUGCGGCUGCUGCUAGAGUUUGCUGUGGAUUAUGCGGUUCUACUGAAGUACAGCUGGUUCGGUUUUCUGCCCCGUUCGCCGAUAGCCCGCGGCAUGGGGGAACAGCAACCGUUUAGAAACCUGAUCGGCGUGAUCCAUCUGCUGCACAGGGCCAGACGCUUGCGCUUCGGCAAGUGCAGUCUGGAGGAAAUCCACGAGGGCAUCGAAAAGUUCCUCAAGCGCAAACUACGCUGCCACGCCCUGUUUGUGAAGAAACAAAACUACGUCGUUCAGAGUAGUCCCUAGAAUUAAGUAAAAUAUUUGCCAAAGAAUGCAUGCACAAACCCAUGCUAGUCAACCAAGUACUAAACCACUCUUAGAUCUUAUAGCAGUAUUAAACUGACCCACAAGAUAGUUAAAUUACGAUAACAGAUGGCGCUUGAGAAGCGUAAAUAUGCAGGCACUCUGUUUUUAGAAGCCAAACUAGUCAGAUACGAUUGAUAUUACCAUAUGCCAAAUACUGCACAACAUUUAUUUCAAGUCUUCGUAGAAAGUGUUAGUAAUAGUAAUUUAUUUUCUCUCGUUUUAAGUUUUAACUUAUAAUAUUUAUUUAUUUUACAAAAAAAGAACAUUGAUACUCUUAUUCAAACAAGUUUUCCAUGUAAUACGCCAAAUAUUGAUUUAAGUAAGGUGAUUUCAUAUGUGCCAUAAAUAUUUUUUGAGAUUAAAUUUUAUUCUCCAUGUGUGUUUUCCAAAUGUGAACCAGUAAAUCUGCAGUAAAUCUAACAAAUCCUCUUAUGCCAAAUAAACAUAUAUCGAAAAAAAACAUUCAAGCAGAACAUUAUUAAAACAAGAAAUUUUAAUAAGCAUAAGAUUAACAGUAGUUUUAAAUAACCGUUACAGGAGCAACCCAUCGAAAGUACAGAAAAAAGAAUACCGAUCGAACUCCUUUGCCCAAGCACAAGGCCGGACCACAAAAAAGGGAACCGUACGUGCUGCUAUUGCCAGAUGGAAAGAUAGUUGGCGUACGCACCGGGCAUCCCGAUAGCUUAAAUAAAUACAACAAUCCAUACACCAAGGUAUUCAACAUGGAAAAAGUGCUGACAGACCCGGAUCUCUACGAGAAUCGCAACGGUGCCGACAUACUGCGGAACCUUCAUCAGGGCUCCAAACUUACCGAUUCGGAAAACAACGAGCUGGUACGAAUUUGCUGCGAACAUUUGCAGCGGUGCGAUGGCUCCAUGUACCCAGAUACAGACAAGAAGGAAAUUUUGGCCAAAUCGAUCGUGCACACGUUUCCGCAGUUGGCCUGCAGUACCACUCCCCACGAGCCACAUUCGCUCUACUUCCACCGCAAAUUGGACAACGUCGGGGACGAUAGACACUCCGGCAAGAUCAACAACCGGUUCGAUACGAUCGUUCGAAAAGCUAACGGACGCAACCGCUACAAAAAGCCUAGCCACGUUUUGUUGAGUUGAAGGGUUACGUUUUAUAAUUUUUCAAUUUAGAUAAUAAAAUUUUAAUUACUUUUCUCGGUACAUAAUUGUUAAGU